AUGAAACAAAAGGCCGACACCCAACUCACCUCGGCAAAAGCCGAACGGAGUGGCCGCCAACCACUGACUCCGGUGCAGAUCUCCGCGACCUCGCCAUUGACACCGGAGCAGGACAUCACCGGGGCGAGGAAAAGGCCGGGAGAACUUAUUCCCCUGCGCCGUCACCGCCUCCGCCUCACCGACGUCACCAGGAACAGCAAGCCGCCGAGGAAUGACACCCUGACGGCAAACCCUAGCUCCACCGCCGAGAAGGGAUGGUGA